CUCUAUUAUAGCCUCACCAACUGGGAAACUAACUCACCUGCAAUAUCGCCUACCAAAAUAACUCUCUGCGACUUUGACUACUCUACUGCCAUCUGUCAUGGAAACCCAGCAAAGAUCCGCACGCCACUCACUUUGCCACACCUGCCGGAGAACGGAGAGCUGCAGGAUGAAGGCCAAGAAGAUGUGCUCGACCAGCCGUGCGCUGCUCUUCGCGCUGGCUCUCACGCUCUACGUUGUGGAAAUGGCCUCGGCAGAGACGUUGUGUGGGGGAGAACUGGUGGAUGCCCUGCAGUUUGUGUGCGAAGACAGAGGCUUCUAUUUCAGUAGGCCAACCAGCAGGGGUAACAACCGGCGCACCCAGAACCGUGGGAUUGUAGAGGAGUGUUGUUUCCGUAGCUGUGACCUCAACCUGCUGGAGCAAUACUGUGCCAAACCCGCAAAGUCCGAGAGGGACGUGUCGUCCUCUUCUAUACAGGGGAUACCAGUCAUGCCCGCACUAAAGCCGGAAGGCCCAAGGAAGCCGCAUGUGACCGUGAAGUAUUCCAAAUACGAGGUGUGGCAGAGGAAGGCGGCCCAGCGGCUCCGGAGGGGCGUCCCUGCCAUCCUGAGGGCCAAAAAGUUUCGGAGGCAGGCGGAGAAGAUUAAAGCCCAGGAGCAGGCCAUCUUCCACCGGCCCCUGAUCAGCCUUCCCAGCAAAUUGCCGCCCGUGUUCCACACCACGGACAACUUUGUCAACCACAAGUGAGCCCGCUGCCAGCCCUUUGCACAGACAAGAGUUUGAAGGUGACAAAAAAAAAAAAGACUAGGGGAUUAUAGCUUUGUCUCUGACGUCAUUUCUGUGGCAGUCCUCUUUGACCUCCCCUGCCCUGUCCGGGCCCACCGGUCCCUCCCCCCUGCUCUUGUCCACUACGUCUUGAACCUCUGGCCCUUUCCUAAUGCCCCCCCCCCACACCCCCCAAUCCCUUCCACCUAAACCUCACCCACCCUCCUCUGGCAUACAAACAUGCCUUCACAUUCUUCCUGUCCUCUUUUGCUCCCCUCCUCUUUCAGUCACCAAUACAAAAGGAACAAACACAAGAGUUGAACAGAACUCUAACAAUUCAGCUGAAUGCAAUUCAGGUGGAUCCCCGAGCAAAAAGGGAAAAAAAGCCAAGGGGAGGGAGAAGGAAGAUGAAAGAGAUCUAUGUUUGCAAGUGUCAAGAGGACACCUAGCAGAAUGUUUUUUUUUUUUUCCUUUUACUAUCCUGGUGGAAGACAACCGAAAGUGAAGAACAACUUGCAUGAAAGAAUCCAUUCCACAUCAUUUUUUAAUUUUUCCUGAGGCAAAAGAAAACCUCUCUUAGUUUUUUUUUUUUCUCUUUUAGUUUGCACCUCUACCUAUAAAGGGACUUCCACACUGUAAGGAAUUAUUUUGCAAAAUUAGAUUCCUGUUCCAGCACCUUUUUUGAUCACAAACAAAAAGCAGAAAAGAGUCUGCAGAAUUGCACAUUGCCACGGAUUACGUCAAAGUAAAGAAAAAAAAAAGGCACUAUUUUUUUAUGAACAAUGAACGUGUAGCUUAAAAAAUAAAUGUCAUGGUGCUAGCUUUGGGAAUGGACUCAAAGAAGAGGUUGAAAGCAUGUUUUUGUUUUCCUUUUUUUGAAUGAAUAUUAAACUUUCCGUUUUAAGGAAAGUGGGACUUUAAAAUAAAGAAAGGAAAAUAAAGGAUAUGGGGGAGCUCCUGGCAGUGGCACUGUCAAAAAGGGGGGAAAGAGUCAUUGAGGAAAAAAAAAAAUUGGGCUGUGUUGGCAUCGUGGCUCGUGGCGAGUUCUAUCGGCUGCUCAUUAUUAGUUUGUCAGCAUAAGCAGCAUGGAGAGGUGACCCGAGACCCGGUCCCUGUUUUCUCCUCUCCCUCUGAGGCUGCUGGACAACGCGGAGCGCGACCUUGGACACAAGUGGGACUCAGUGGACCCUCUGGACUAUAGCUGUGGGACAGUACUUCCUGUUUGCCAUGCCUUUGCAGACUGCUUUAACAGGAAUUGACAUGGCAUGGACAGAAAAAAAACAACAAAAAACAAAAAAAACAAAGUGGGAUGAUAAUAAUAAUGGUUAUAUUUUAUUUUGUCUUUUUUCAUAUCAAUGUUUCAUUGAAAAAAAAGGAAAACCCUGUCAGUUUCUGGUACCGUGACAUUCCUGUUUUUUCCAAGUUAGGCAUUUUUAAUUUUUUCCAGUUUGUUUUCAUGGUUAUUGUUAUUAUGUCAUUUUACAGUUUUAAAAGAAAGGCACAAAGUUUCAAUUCAAAGGGAAAAGAACAGCAAUAUUGUCAACUAACAUUUUAUUUUUAUUUUAUAUCAGUAGUAUUCACCUGCUUUUGCCUGAAAACAAAUACUUGAAAAUACAGUAUAUAUAUAUCUAUGUAUGUAUGUAUAAAUGCAUAUAAGGAUAUAUAUAGAUAUAUAUAGAAAUAUAAUUAGUUUCCAGGGAUGUUAUUUUCCUUUUAGUCUGAGCUGUAUCUUGCAUAAUGAGCCGCCAAGCUUUUUUUUUUUCCUUUUUUUUGUUUGUUUGUUGAAAUACAAAUAAGGGCACUGUAUAAAGGCAUUAUUUAUUUUGUUAUAAAAUAUAUUUGAAAAAAAUUGGUCCAAAUAAUAUACGUAGCACUGAUGCUCAACUGACAGAUUUAUUUUGUAUGAUCUCUGUUUUUCCAAUUGGAGUUGUAAGGCUUUUUUGUAGAUGCUUUGUACCAAAAAUAAUGUCAUAUUUUCUCUUUUUUUCUCAUUUUGAAGUAGUUACCAUAAAUUAAUUUUUUUUAACCGCAGCAUAUAGCCUGGAUUGAUUUAGGCAUAAUGUUUCACAGAAAUAGGCACAUAUACUCUAAAUAGGACGGUCGGCAUGGAUUUCCAGAAGCAUCGGUUUGGGAGUUUGUUUGAUUUUUUUUUUUUAUUUUUUUUUCCAAUUCAUGGUUCAAUAGAUGCUUAAUGUUGAUUGUAAAUCAAACCCACUAUGUUUUUGAAGCCACUUUAGUAUUGAUGACCAGGUGUAAUCAAAUGGGAAAUAUGUCCAGUGAUCUUGCGAGAACCAUUUUUUUUGGUUCAACUCACAUGUGACUCAGACAAGUCAUUGUACCGAUGCCCUGAUGACGUCACAGUGAUGAAAGGAACCAACGAGUGUGAACUGCAGGUCAUUGUCUGUCAAAGAGAAAAAUCUGUCUGUUUGUCUGUCUGUCUGUCUCUCUGUGUCAUUUUCUCUAUGGCAUGCAGAAGGGGUUGGGUUACAUUCACUCCUCAUAAUCUCCCACUAAUGCAUCCAUUAUGCAUUUGAUGAAGGGCUAUCACGCUGAAGCAUUUCUGAGGCACUCAGGAUGAGAAGUGGAGUUGCUGCUGAGUUAACGUGAUAAUCUUCUUCUCGUUGCUACCCUUAUCUUUUUAAAAAUGCCGCUGAUUUCUGUUGACAAACCACUGAUGGGGGCCACAUUAGGUAAAAGAACAAACAAGGUAUAUUUGUGCCACAAUAGCGUUUUCUCCUCCUCUCCUCUUCUGGGUCACGCGGCCCGACCUGGAGCCGAGACUAAAUGGAUGCUCGCUAUAAAGUACUGUGGCGUAGAGUGGAGAAAACACUUUACGUCUUAUUUCUGUUUGAGAUAUCUGAGUGUCUGAUUAUAUUCUACUUCAGUUGUGCAACAAAAGCAGGCAGUGCAAUUAUAAUAAAUGUUAUAUUAUUAUUAUUAUAUUUUAUAUUUUUCCUGCUAGGACUGCAUUCAUUCACUAUUGUAAUGUUCAAACAGGCUACUUUAGUGUUGUUAUGAAUGGCGUGAAAGACAACCACUUCUUCUUUUCGCUGAACAUGAAGAGAUGACUCGCAGAGCGAAGGCAACAUUUUCUGUGUCAGUAGCUCACUCAAGCCUGUGUAUUUUAUUGAUUUAAUCUCUGCACGCUAGAUCGUCCGAAAUGCACAAUUCAUGUACUUUCAUUUUUAAUAUCAAUAAAAAAAACAUUUUAUCAAACAUA